UCAUCCCGUCCCGCCUUGCGAAUUUGUAGACAGCGAUUUCGACGGCCGACUUGGAGGAAUUUCGCUUAGUGGACCGACCAUGGCUGACGUGCUGGACCUUCACGAGGCUGGGGGCGAGGACUUCGCCAUGGACGAGGACGGCGACGAAAGCAUCCACAAAUUGAAGGAAAAGGCGAAGAAAAGAAAAGGCAGAGGCUUUGGGUCAGAGGAAGGUUCCAGAGCCCGAGUUCGCGAGGAUUAUGACAGCGUGGAGCAAGACGGGGACGAACCGGGACCUCAGAGAU